AUGACGGUUGUCGAGACCUACCUCGCCGCUGUGGCGGGGCGGGUCGAGGCUGCGCACGAGCUCACGGUGGCUGCUGCCGCUGCAGACGAGGCUGCUUCCAACAGCGCAGUACGAGAUCAAGCUCCUGUGGUCGGCCCGCAUGGCGCACUCGCCGCGGUGCCGGCCAUGUUCUUCGACGACCGGUUCUCGGUCGCGCAAACCGAUGCGUUUUUGGCUGCUGUGGGCGAGCCACGAGCUGGCAAGGCGCGGUCGUCGGCAGUGUUGGAGCACGAGAAGCUGGCUUACUACGUCGACAUGGUGGAGACCGAGCUGACCAAAGCAAUCGCGCUCAAGUCGCGAUCGUUCUUCUCGACGCUUUCGACCAUCCGCGAGCUUGCAGCGCUGGUCGAGGCUUGUAACACCAAGGUCGCACUGGUGCGAUCGGUCCUUGGCGAUGCGUCGGCACAGCUCCGCGGCUCGUCGCUCGAGGUCGGCGCUCUCCGCGAGCAAAAGCUACGCGCCGCAGACCUCCAGACGCGACUGGAGCUCCUCGGUGAGGUUCAAGCCGCGCCGGAGCUCAUCGAGGCUGCUCUCGCCGACGGUGACUACGUGGCCGCACAAGAUUUUAUCGAAUCGACCCGAGCGGUACUGGGCAAGGAGCUGAAGGGCGUACGUGCGGUGGCCACGAUGCGGUUUGCGCUCGAUGGCUACGCGGCCCAGCUGGAGGAUGCGCUGGGCAACGAGUUUGCGCUGCUGCUGCGCAAGACGCUUGUUGCUGCCUCGUCUGUGUCACUGCCCCUGUCAGCCGGCAGCGAUACCGAGGCGCAGACGCGUGGGGUGCGGGUGGUGCUGUUGAGCGCAUCGCGGGUUGGUGCGCUCGCGCGGCUUCCCGUGGUGUGGCGCGACGAGCUCUCCGCAGUGCUCAAGAUGCUUGUGCGGUCGACGGUCGAGUCGCGGGUGACGGCCGUGGUCGAUGCCAUGGGGGACCGGCCCGACUUUGAUGCCUCGGCAUCAAUCCUGGUCCAUCUCAAGGCACUCGAUGCGCCCGACUACGUCAGCGUGCUCGACGGAGUGUUCGAGGUUGCGCUCAACGCGCUCCGCGCGGCGCACGGACUCGUCAAUGUCGUCGACGGCAUGGCCGCUGAGCUGGGAGCGGAGCGGCUGGUUGAGGAGAUGCAGACGUCGCUGGCCGACGGCGCUGAGCUUGUCCACUCGCGGGCAGCCAAGUUGCUUGCGGUGCGGGCGCAGACGAAUGCCAAGCUUGACUUUCAGCGCUUCGUGGUCCUCAUCCAGACGGUUGUCUCGUUCAUUGUGGCAUCCGAGGUGGUGGUCGGGCGCAACUGCUACGGGCUCCGCGGCCCACUCCUCUCCCAGGCCAAGGUCUUCCUCUCGACGCUUCAUGACGCCAAGAUGACCAAGCUGUCAAUUCUACUGGAGAAUGAGCUGUGGAGCCGAGUUGACGUGCCCGUCCACAUCUCACACCUGGUGUCCAGCCACGACCACAAAGGCACGGCGAGCGACAAUGACGUCGCCGCGCUCGACAAGCUGACUCUCCCAGCAUGCGGCGUGACGUAUCCGACGCCGUGCGCGUACCACCUCACGUCGUCGUCGGUCCUGCUCUUUGACAUGAUGCAAGACUAUGUAAGCUGCGUCGAGCGGCUGCCUGCGCUGGCGCCGGACGCGGUCUCGCGGCUCGGGCUCCUGCUCAAGCACUUUAACUCGCGGAGCUGCCAGCUUGUGCUCGGCGCCGGCGCGAUGCACACUGCCGGACUCAAGGCCAUCACUGCUGCGCAUCUUGCGGUUGCCGCGCAGUCGCUGCGAGCACUUGCACACUUUCUGCCUAUCCUCUGCGAGCGGCUAGCACAGUUGCUGACGCAAAAGCAGGCCGCCGUGCUGGGCGUGCUGACCGAGGCGCGACAGGCGCUGCUCGACCACGCCGACGAAAUCAAUGCCAAGAUUGUGGCCAUCAUGACAGACCGGUUCUACUUUUUCAUGCAGGGCGUGCAGGGCGCGUACGAUGAGGCCUUCUCCGGAGCGGCGGGGCGAGCCAAUACCGGUGAGAUCUCUGCGCCGAUGGCGUACAUGCGGAAGAUGGUCAAGUCGAUUGUGGUUCUUCGCAAGGUUCUUGCGCCGCUUUUACCUCCAGACGAGCUGGCUGACAUCUACAGCAAGCUCCUGGAUGCGCUGGAGCGAUUGGUGGUGAAGGGCGCGGCGGCGCUGGGGACGGACACACCUCGGGCGCGGGAGCAGCUGCGAGUCGACAUCGCGUUCCUUCUCGCCAAAGUCGACGCGCUACCCGAAGGGCGGUUCUCGGGCACGCUCGCCACGUUUUACCAGCGGCAGCUCGUGCGGCGGAGCUAAGCAAACUUGGACUUGAGGUACUUUUCGACAUACUUUUGGAUGCGGCGCUUGCACGAUGGCGAGACAGAGUCGGGUGCCAUGUCACCGUCGCCGAGCUCACGAGUCACAAUCGACUUGCACAUUGACUUGAUGGCGGCUGUCAUCCGCGACUUGCUCACACGAAGCGCGUUUGCCUUGACGUAGAUGUUGGCGGUGCGGUGGACAGCCUUGUGGACCGCAGCCUUGAAAAGCACACGAUUGUCGUCGUCCUCCAGCCAUCGCUCGGCCACGUUGGCAAACCUGUCCAGCGAAGCAACCGCCUGCGAAGGCUGGCUCGACGG